CUCACAGGCUCUCUGUACGUGUUCCACCUUUAGGUGAUUCUUUUGAUGUCGUGACAAAGUAUUGGAAUGUUCAGGUUCGGACGUAUUGAAUGAUCUUUGAGUACUCACUGCUUUAAGACGUUCAUCUAAUAUUUCUACUUCAUUCCUCUUCUUUUUUUUCUGUCAAAAACGAACCAUACAAAUACACUAAAAAGAUGUCUUCUUCGGCGCCGCCCGCUUCGUCUCCUAGUGGUAAAGAGCCGGGAACCACUGCGCGCAUUCUUGAGGUACACCUUGUGGCGACCGCAGGUGUGCGGCCUAUCGAGAUAACAGAAGAGGCAUGCAGAUCAUGUUCAUUUCGCGGCGAUAAACCUAUAUGGGCGAGGGGCUUUACGGUGGAUGAUGCACGACACUUCCUAGCUGAGCACUAUGAUCCCGCGCACUUAUGUAUCCCGGAAAUGUUCGAUUUGUAUCCUAUGAAAGAGAUGAACCAAGACGAUACAAAAGAGCAAGAGGAUCAUCGUCGCUCCUCCUCCGGCGGUCUCCCUUCUUCUGAACCGGAAGUCUCUUUCGCUGAGCCAGAUCUUUCAGCGCGUUUCGCGGACGACUUCGAACUUUUUCGUAGACACGGGGUGCCUGAAUCUGUGAAGCAACGCCUUACAGAGAAGAUGCCUGAAGAGAUUUUGAAUCAAGCACCUCCAUCAGAUCCGAGUAGUAGUAGUUCUGGUGCAGACGGUACUAGCAACAUGACUGCGAAAGUAGUCUCGGGGGCUCAGACUGAGGAGCGACCUGCAAAUGGAGUAGUCAAAGUGGGUCUGGUGGUGCGACAAGGCUUUACGUUGGGGCAAAUGCGCAGCUUGUUAGUUAACGAGCAUCUUCAUGCCAGUGCCAGGAGUUCGGGCACAACUGGUGAAAGGGAGCAGCAUGGAGGUAACUUGGGAUCCGGAACUAGUCACAGCAGCAAGCGUAGAAAGCUCCACAAGUGUGUUCCAAAGCACGGCCAAACAGUCCAGCAGCUCGAAGCAACAUUAGCUAACUUAGGGCCUUCCUUUGCUUUGCCGCCUUUUCUGGCCGACAUGCUACGAGAGUCCCCCGAAUGGAAGCUGCGCAAAGGGGUAACUCUGAAGCUGAAUCUGCAGCGCAGAAUAAUUGUCGAUCGAUCUGGGUGCAUAUUACGACGACAGCAAGAUACAACGUCUGGAUGGGCGCAGCUGCAACACGAAGGGAAGCCGCUGGACAAAGAGCGGCCGCUGGACGGAGGGGGGCCGCUGGACGAGCUGUUUCACCUGGGAACUGUUGUGCGCGAGGAGAAGGACGUUCCAACGACGUAUGAGUUGUAUGUGAAUUUGGACGCGAGUAAGCGUCGAAAAUUCGGCUCGGUUUCGUUGUACUCUACUCAGGAUAUGUCGGUUGAUGCUGAGUCGGACUCUCAGGAAGAGGAUGAGGAUGGGCCUUUGAAUAAGGUGCGCAGGUCCUGGCCAGCACCGUUUGAGGUCUUUGCGCGUUUCCUCGAAACGAGUGACCUUAAUUUGUUCGAAGCGCGGAAUGAAAUUAAUCCCUAUUUGCGGCUGAUGCAAAGAGCUGGAAAAGGCGAUGCAGAAGCCUUUUCGUUCAUGGGAAAGGCAUUUGUUCGUGAAAGAGAUGCGCGCACCGGAAUGAUUCUAUACAAAAAAGUUCGAAGAUGA